AUGAAGGGCGCUCUGGGGAGCCCCGUGGCCGCAGCCGGCGCCGUGAUGCAGGAGAGUUUCGGCUGCGUGGUGGCCAACCGUUUCCAUCAGCUGCUGGACGACGAGUCGGACCCGUUCGACAUCCUGCGCGAGGCCGAGCGCCGGCGCCAGCAGCAGCUGCAGCGCAAGAGGCGCGACGAGGCGGCGGCGGCGGCCGGGGCUGGUCCCCGCGGCGGCAGGAGCCCGGCCGGGCCCUCUAGCCACCGAGCGAGCGCGGGCGGCCGGAGGGAGUCGCAGAAGGAGCGCAAGACCCUCCCGGCACCUGGCGCUCAGGGGCCCGACAGCCCUGGGGGCGGCCUGCAGGCGCCGGUAGGCCAGAAGCGGACUCCUAGAAGAGGGGAGCAGCAAGGAUGGAAUGAUAGCCGUGGGCCCGAGGGGACCCUUGAAAGAGCCGAGCGGAGACCCUACAGGGAAUACCGACCCUAUGAGACCGAGAGACCAGGUGAUAGGUUUGAUCGAGACAGACCGCUGAGAGGACGUGGAGGCCCGAGAGGGGGUAUUCGCGGCCGAGGCAGAGGUGGCCCUGGGAAUAGAGUUUUUGAUGCUUUUGACCAGAGAGGGAAGCGAGAAUUUGAAAGAUAUGGUGGGAAUGACAAAAUAAUAGUCAGAACCGAAGACAACAUGGGUGGCUGUGGAGUUCGCACCUGGGGAUCAGGUAAAGAUACCAGUGACGUGGAGGCAACUGCACCGAUGGAGGAACCCACAGUGGUGGAGGAGUCCCAGGGCGCCCCAGAAGAGGAGUCUCCAGCCAAAGUUCCUGAGUUGGAGGUAGAAGAAGAAACUCAAGUUCAAGAGAUGACUUUAGAUGAGUGGAAAAAUCUUCAAGAACAGACCAGACCAAAGCCUGAGUUUAACAUCCGGAAACCAGAAUCCACUGUUCCUUCCAAAGCAGUGGUGAUUCACAAGUCAAAAUAUAGAGAUGAUAUGGUAAAAGAUGACUAUGAGGACGAUUCCCAUGUUUUCCGGAAAGCCGCCAAUGACAUCACAUCUCAGCUGGAGAUUAAUUUUGGUAACCUCCCUCGUCCCGGGCGUGGAGCCAGAGGAGGCAACCGGGGAGGCCGGGGAAGGAUCAGGAGGGCAGAGAACUAUGGACCCAGAGCAGAAGUGGUGGUUUCUUUCAUCACAUCUCCUAGACCGGUCAAGGUCUCUGAGCAAAGGAGUUUCUUUUCAUUGAAGCCUGAUCUCUGUGUGCCACUGGAGUCCCACUGGUGUGGUUCUCAGUCAAGCUGCUUUUGCUCACGAUGCAAGAUGUUGCCCCCAACCCAGACGACCCUGAAGACUUCCCUGCACUUUCCUGAAAGAGUGCUACUUCCUGGCACUGAGGAGCUGCACUGCACACCCAUGGAGAGACUCUUCCGGCUGUGAGAAGACAGUCGGACUCUAGGAACAAUAGAUGUUGCUUUUCCCUAUCGUGUGAAUUCGUUGCACUUUUUCAGGCUGCGCUGUUAGACAGAGGGGCUUCUCCAGAGGCUCGAGAGCAGGCCCUUUCCCAAGAAGGUGAAGAAUGGCGAUUGUGUUUUUAUCGAAGGAAUUUGAAAUGACAUUCAGGAAUAAUGUUUAAAAUGUGUACAUAGAGAUUGUAUGGAAUCUCCUCCACAGAAGCUUGGAGGGAAAGGGGGUUGUAAAAUAGGCUCCACUGAGGCUCGUAGGAAGUGGUAGAUUCCCAGGGGCUGUGCCUUUAGCAUUAGAGGAAAUGCAUAGACCUUGAACUGUUCAUGUAAAGCAGUCACAGCUUAGUUUUCAGAGACCAAGAAAUUAAAAUAGAGUUGUACUUACUGUUUACUUGUAAAUGUUAUCUACUCUCCUGGAAUUUUUGAGUUCUGGUUUUCACCUAACCAAUCAUUUUAAAUUGCCACUGGUCACCACUCUGUGACACAGAAUCAGAGAAAGUGUUGAUAUUUAAUGGUGAUUUAAACUACCUCGUGGUUUCUGUGUGCACACACACAUAUCUAGUGUUUGGGUGGUUUUUAGGAAGAAUAUUCAGUAUAUGACUUUAAAAACCAUGUUAUUUAACCUGCCAAUCAAAUGGAAAGGGAUCGUGGCAAAAGCAAAUACCGCAUCCUUUCUUUUGCAGAGCUAGCAUCAGAGUUUGGCAGCUGUGUACAAAGGCCUCUGCCCUCGGCCUGGGCAAGAGUUGUAAAUAACUAGUAUUUAUUAGGCACUUAUAAGCAGUUUUUCUCACUUAUUCCUGGACCCAGUUCUAGAAUUCCUCUUUAUUACUUUUGGUGAAAGUUUGGGGUUUGGGGUAUACCCCAGAGGUUCAGUAACUCACCUGGAGUCCCACCUUGAACUGCUGGACCCAAAGCCACUCAUGCCCACCCACAGAGCACACUCUGUGCUGCAGAGGAAGUGGGCCUAGGAGGGCCUGCGGUCCAGGUAGCUGUAGAGCUGCUGGAAGCUGGGGUGAUGCUCUCCCUGCUUUCCCAUAGAUACCACAGGUAGUGUCUACCGGUUUUCACACAGUUCAUAUGCUCGCCUGUGAUGGAAUCUGAACCUCGGCCCCAGGAUCUGUGCUUUUUUCACUUUGCCACACUGUCUAAGGUGGCUUUGAACUGGAACCCAAGUGCAAAUAAAGGUUGGUAUUCGCCCCUGACUUAGUGUAGAGAAAACAGUCCUUCCGGUACUCCCAGGCCAUGGCAGGUGGUCAUGAUUUUGUUGAAUAAUCACAGCUGAAUCCAUACAGAUUAGGGUCAGUUAAGGGUGUUUGCUUUGGGUGACAGCCUGUUUUUGGUCUCUUAUUAAAUUACUAUCUGAGUA